AUGCCGAGAAUAACAGGCAGACAAAAAAAUAGAAUUAAUAUUGUCACUGAAUCACCAGAAACCUAUUUUCGAAUAAGCGUAUUUAUUCCUUAUUUAGAUACAUUCAUCGAACAACUAAAAUCAAGAUUUAUCGACCACAAAAAUACAAUUUUAGAUUUUAAAUCGUUAAUAUCUGUUGAACAAAAUGAAACGACAUUUUUGAAGUUGGCAAAAACUUACACGGCUGAUUUAAGUGAAUGUCAAGAUUCGAUUUUAUUAUCAGAAUAUAAACUAUGGCAAAGACGGUUAAAAAAUGUUGAGACUUGUAAUUUACCAAAAAACGCAAUGGAAGCAAUAAUACUAUGCAAUCAAGAAAUAUAUCCAAAUGUUUUUAAAUUACUACAAAUAUUUGCAACAUUACCAGUUUCUUCAUCAUCGAAUGAGAGAACCUUUUCAAAUUUAAAAAGAAUAAAGACUUACUUACGAAACACGAUAUCUCAAAAGAGAUUAAAUGGUUUGGCCAUGUUAUCGAUUCACAGAAAUGAACAAAUUACUCCUGAUGAUGUGUUGAAGGAAUUGAGCUUAAAAAAAAGGCGUCUUGAAUUUAUUAUUUAA